AUGACUUCCAUAUUACGCGACGCCAACGAUAUCCUCGCGACCAUCGACCAAUGGAGGAAACUUGAAGAAAUAUGGGGCAAUCCCAUAGACUUGGACACAGACAGUGAAGAAGGAGACAUCCCGUCUUCGCCGCCUCAGCUACAUCGGUGUACAUCGUCAUUUCUAUCCAACAGCGCAAGGGAGCAAGUCUCUUGCCAUAUUUCCGAGACAUCAGCACUUCUAGAUUACACAGAGUUUCUUCAGGGCCUUCAACAUGUUGAUACGGUGGAUGAGCCCAGGAAAGAAUCCUACGUUGUCGAUGGCCAGAUUCUGUCAGCCUUAUCUGUGGAACUAAUAUGUAAUAAAAUAGAUGCCAUAUUCAAAUCGAUCGAGGAUCUCUACAAGGUAACGAGCACAAUGCGACGACGAAAGGAGAAUGUCAAAGAAGCUGUCGUCGAACGCAGUGUAUCGUAUGGAGGGUUGUCUUUAGAUGACACUGCUGAGACCGAAAUGGAUACCGGUGAUAUCGAUAAAUACAUCGACGAGGCUUUUCAGUGGCUGAAUUCCUCUAAAGUCAGCAUUACCGCUAAAAGUGCGGAUACAGAUAAUGCUAUGAAGAAUUCUGUGACUGCUUUAGUAAAUAAGUUUAGUAAUAUUUUAAAACGACCAGCUCUUCGAGGGCCUAGAAGACGACAGCAUAGUCGCCCCUCAAGGGCCGGCAACGCGUUUGUAGCUCCUCUGGUACCGCAGGUGUCCAUGGGCGGUGGUAAUCACUCACCAUCAGGUGAUCCGUCUGCUCGCUGA